AAUGCGGUAAUUGCACAUACCAACUAAUUGGCCGACAAGUCAACGAGUCUCUCUUUACUCCCAUCUGAUCAUUACCUCGGAGGGAGGCCUUAUUUUUCCCAUUUGUAGCUCCAUAUUUAACUGCAAGAGUCGAGAGCAGUUUGGUAUGAAUCUGAUGGCGGAGAACGGGGGCGGCGGCGGCGGUGGCGGAGCAGGAGGAGGAGGAGGAGGUGUAGUCCGAGGAGGGAAGGCGGCGGUUCCAGGGCCGGGGACGCUGCCGCGGCCCACCAUAACCCUCCCUCCCCGUUCCUCCUUCGAGAGCCUCUUCCACGGCGGCGCCGGGGGCGCGUCGGAGGUGAGCCCCGGUCCACUGACGCUGGUGUCGAGCUUCUUUGCCGAGGAGUCCGAGUCGGACUGUUGCUCCUUCACCCAGCUGCUCGUUGGCGCGAUUAAUUCUCCGGUGGCGGCGGCGAAGAGGACGGUAGCCUCCUCGGGGGAGCAGGGGAAGGAGGCGGAGAAGCGCUCCGGUGGCAGGGAAGCGGAGAGUGGUGGUGGAUUGGUUCGGUUGGGGCAGAGUCGGCCACCGGGACUGGCGAUUAGCCAGCCGCAGAUGUUCACUGUACCGCUCGGGUUGAGCCCUGCCGGCUUGCUUGAUUCUCCUGCCUUCCUUUCUUCUGGCCUGGGGAAUUUUGCAAUGUCUCACCAAGAAGCCCUUGCUCAAGUCACAGCCCAAGCUGCAGAGUCUCAAUUUAGAAUGCAGAGUGAAGCUGAAUUUCCAUCAUCUUUCUUAGCAGCAACAACCUCCUCCUCAUCACAACAACCAAUUCUGGAGACUCCUACUAUCAAACCAACUUAUGCUGCAGAAGAAUCUGCGGACGGAUCCCAAUCUGAUCGGAGGUUGGAAUCUAAUACUGCUAUCGUCAACAACAAUGCUCAUGAUGGCUACAAUUGGCGCAAGUAUGGUCAGAAGGUUGUGAAAGGAAGUGAAUAUCCCAGGAGCUAUUACAAAUGCACCCAUCCAAAAUGUCCAGUUAAGAAAAAGGUAGAAUGUUCAGUAGAUGGUCAAGUAACUGAGAUAAUCUAUAAGGGCCAACAUAAUCAUCAACGUCCGACACCAAAUAAACGCGCCAAGGAAGCCAAUAGUUUUCCAAGUGGAUUGAAUGAAAUGAACGAGAGCCUUGACAAUCCUAAACCAGGCUCUCUGCCUCAUCAUGGACAUUUCAGCAAACGGAACGACAUAACUGCUGCUCCGAUUUCCAGAAGAGAUCAAGAAUCUGAUCAUGGGACACCUGAACAAUUAUCUGGGUCAAGUGAUGGUGAAGAAGGGGCUGAAAUUAGGACAGAUGAAGGAGAUGACGAUGAUGAGCGUGAUCCCAAAAGGAGGAACAUGGCAGCAUCUUCUCAUAGGACACUGAAUGAGCCCAGGAUCAUUGUGCAGACAACAAGCGAGGUUGAUCUUUUGGAUGAUGGCUAUAGAUGGCGCAAAUAUGGGCAAAAAGUGGUGAAAGGAAAUCCUAAUCCAAGGAGCUAUUAUAAAUGCACGUAUGCGGGAUGCAAUGUCAGGAAGCAUAUUGAGAGGUCUCCGACAGAUCCCAAAGCUGUAAUAACAUCAUACGAGGGAAAACAUAACCAUGAUAUCCCAGCUGCUAGAAAUAGCAGCCAUAACACUGUGUCUGUCGGCACUGCUUCCAGCAAUGCAGUUUCUGAUCAAGCUUCCCUUGCAUCUUCAAACUUCAGAAACCAACAUCGAAGGCCAGUUGCAGUCCUCCAACUUAAAGAAGAGCAUGAAAACACCUAAAAUUUUCUGCCAUGAUAUUUUUAGGUCUUGCUGCAUUCCCCGGAGUUAUGAAGGCUAGAAAGUAAGUUCAGCAAAAUGUGAUAUUUCAUGCUUACUAUAUUCUAGUAUUUUAUGUGACCUAGCCGAUAGUUCUUUGUGUGCUAUUAUUUAUAUACCUACCGCUCUCUUUGAUAAUUAUCAUUCACGUGCAUUCAUUCCUUUUCA